AUGCUUACGUGCAGGCGUUGGGCCGAACUCGUGAGGGGCGAGCCAAAGCUAUGGAAUAGCGUGCGGCUUAUCUCCACCGAAGGAGUUAUAGCCCCUCUUCAUAUGCAAAAUUUCGUCGAAACGUGUGUAUCCCGUAGCCAAGCUGCACCCCUAGACAUCCAUCUCGACUUGCGGGGCUACGGUGUCACUCAAACGAGUAUGACAGACACCAAGAAGAAAAACUCCGGAAAGAUGAUCAAAAGAUUUGGACGAGGGAAAUCUAUCGUUAUCAUUACACCUCCUACCGCACCCGCACCUCCUUCUCCAAGCAGUCUUCACGAGGCUAUUUUCAGCACACUGAAACUAACACCUUCAUGUGCUACUGGAGAAGAUACUCGCGCUUCACAGCACAUUCGGCUACGCAAUUUCAAACUCGUUCUAGGGAACGAAUUCUGCGGCACAGGUUCGCCAUGCUACCAGCCGAUCUUUGAUGGACGAGAAACCCCGUUCCUUCGUUCGAUAGAACUAAGAGGUUGGCAUUGGCACACAUUUCAAAAAUUCGGUGUUGCGGUGCCAGAGGCCAGCUUCCGCCAUCUUCGCAUACAGGCGCCGCCGGGAGAGACGUUACGCACCUUGAAGAUCCAUCCAGGACACGUAAACGCCAUGUCCGUCAAUAUCACGGGCACGGAAAUCAGCCGCCUGAGCAUAUUCGCUUCGCUACGGUCUCUCGUUCUUGGAUUCGGGUGGCAUCCGCAAGACAUGCCGAUUGAGCCGCUGGAGCUUCCCCAGCUGGAGCACCUUUACCUUAUUGAACGCCCCGCACUUGUCAGUCUCUCCGUAAUCACUGCCCCGAGCCUUCGCGACCUAUGCAUUAGUCUGGCUACGUUUGGAUUUGAGGAUGCGUUUACACGUUCAGCGGCUGCAUAUUCGACGAUUCGUCGACUCUGCUGGUCGCGAACUGGGGCUGUACUGGGGGAUGAGAGCUAUGACCAGGAGCUGCGGGCCGUUCUGCCGCAGUGCAAGCAACUCCAUCAACUCCAACUGGUUUCUUCGGUACCGGACCGAAGUCGAGCUCUCGCCCAGGUUUCUCAAUUGGUCAAGGACGUAUUCCCCAACUUCGAAGACAUCUCAAUCGUGUCCACCAUUGACGACAGUAUCGUCCAAUCUAUGGGCUGUUCACUGUCGGAACCUGUCCAUCCCCGCCGAACAGUCGUCGCUUGA